CAUAGCCAUGUCAAGUUACGUCUGUCACGCGCCUCCGUGAGGCUUGCUCAGCAAGGGUUUCGUGGGCGAGCCCUUUCAACUGGAAACAAAUGGACAUCAUAGACCAGAUUGAGAUUCCAAGCUUUGAUAGACGCAAACAGGACAACUUUAAGCGGAACUUUGCAGCAGCCGCGGGAAUUGUCGGUCUAUGUUAUGCCCUUGAAAAAUACAACGGCAGCGUGUCGAGGACAUGGAAGUCCGUUCGAAGGUAUCGGUAAUUAUGGACCGGGCUGGGCUGAGCUGCAAGCGUCGGGGCAUAACAGCUGCAAUUGCAGCUUGGCUUGAGGACCAUGGUGGCCUUCAAUUCUUCUCCCAGGAAGCCGCCGAUGAGGGCUUUCCCUCCUCGCAAAGCGUGUUGGACAUCAACGGCCUGUGCGGCCCGCGCCUGUCGCACGAUGAGGGCGGCAACAUCACCACCGCGGAGCUGCUGGCGUCGCAGCAGCGGCAGGAACGCGACGGCGAGCUGCUGGAGAACGGCGGCGCGGCGGGCGGCGGCGAGGGAGACCCGCUCACGGGCGCCGCCGCGGCCGCCGCCGCCACCGCGCACCUGUUCGCCAGCGCCGACACACCCAACUUCUUCCAGUCCACCAAGUUCUUUGCCUGCCUGGACGUGGAGGAGGCGCAGGAGCUGUUCAGAGCCACCAAGAAGGUGUCGCUGGCGCCGCAUGAGGUGCUGUUCCGCAGCGGCGACCCCUCCGACAGCGGCAUCUACAUCGUGCUGCACGGCACACUGGGCGUGUUCCUGGAGGAGCCGGGGCACAACAUGCCGCCCAUACACGCAAACACGCUCAGGAGCGGCGAGAGUGUAGGCGACCUGGAUGUGGUGGACGGCGCCGUGCGCACCGUCAGCUGCAUGGCGCUGGAGAGCGGCUGCCUGCUGGUCAACGUGCCGCGGGCUCUGUUCAUGGACUUCGUGCACAGCCACCCGCGCGCGCUCAUGCUGUACCUGCAGCAGGGCCUGGCCCGCCUGUGGCGUGUGGCGCACUUCGUGCUGGCCGACUUCCUGCAGCUGCAGCUCUACCGCCCCCCGCGCCGGGGAGGGGCAGGAGGCAGCGGCAGCGCCGCCGCAGGCGCCCGAGGCGGUGGCGGCGUUGGCGCCAGCGGCACCUCUUAUGACAGCGGCAGCGGCGGCGGCUACGCGCCGUCGUCGCCGCCGGCUCCGCCUGUGAAGCCGCUGGUGCGCACGCUGUCGAACCUGUUUGGGCAUGAGCAGGGCACGCAGACGGAGGAGGAGGAGGCGGGGCUGGCGUGGCCGCCCGCGGCGUCGGCGGCGGCGUCGCUGACGGGCAUGUGUCUGGACGAGGCCGUGGUUGCGGCGCCCGCUGCUGACUUGGCGCCUGUGGCGCUGGCGGCGGCAGAAGCAGGACGGGAGCCGCAGCAGGAGCCCGCAGCUUCGCCGGCGUCUGCAGCAGGUGCAGGCGGCAGUGGGAGCGGGAGCGGGAGUGGGAGCAGCAAGAACCGGCGGAAGAAGGCGGCUGCGGCUGCCAAGGCGGCCGCGGCCUCCCCCGCAGCCAAGGAUGCCGCGGCCGGCGGGAAGGACGGCGCGGGGGCAGCUGCAGCUGCAUCCACCUCUGGCGGCCUGCCGGCCCCUGCAUCACACGCCUCAAAGAGCCCCUUCGCCUCCGCCGCCAACCCCGGCGCAGCCGCACGCGCAGAGCCGCUGCCCAUCCCGGCGCCAGCCGCCUCCGCCGCCGCUUCUGCUGCUGCGGCCCGGGGACCCGCAGCCGCGGCGUCGUCAGCCGGCACCGCCACAGACCACGUGGGCAGCGCCGCCGCCGCCGCCGCCACGUCUGCGACCGGCAGCAGCAGCGCCACCACAACCGGCAGCGGCGCCGUCGGCACGCCGCUCUCCUCAGCUCACUCCCUGGGCCAGGCGUCCAGCGGCUCUGUGACCACAGCGCCCGCCUCGAAUCGGGCCGGCUCUGCUACAGCCGCCCCUGCAGCUGCUGCUACAGCCGGCGCCUCGGCGCCGGCAGGCAGCUCGCCCACCUUCAACGAGCUGCUUGCGUCGGCGGCGGCGUCGGCGGCGGCUCGGUCGCGUGGCUCCGGCGGCGUCACGCACGGCCCCCUGCGGGAGGAGCCCCUGCCAGGCAGCGCCAAGGCCGGCACCGCCGCCGCCACGGCGGCAGCCGCGCUGCUUGCCAACGUGCCGCCGCCGGCCCCCGACGCGGGAAGCGGCGCCGGCAGCAGUGCUGGCGGCAGCGGCAGCGGCGGCGGCGGCACGGGCUCUGCGGCGGGUGCCUCUCACCACCGGACGGCUGGCGCCGGUGCCGCUGAGACGCCUGGCCGUGCGUCGUCGGGGCUUCUGCCGCCGCUGCGGCCGGGCCUGGCUCGCUCCUUCCCGGAGUCGCCCAUUCCCGCGGCACGUACACAGGGCCCUGUGUGCCGGCUGUUGCCGGGCCGCUCUCAGUCGGUGCGGCGCUCGUUCGUGCUGGGCCAGCGCGCCUGCCUGGCCACGGGCUGGGACGUGAUCGACGUGGAGGAGCUGGCGGCGUCCUUCGACCACGACAUGUGGGCCACACUCAGCGACCCGCGCAACGGCGUGGGCACUCAGCUGCCGCUGUCCGCGGGCGGCCUGCUGCAGGACGUGGACUGGGCCAGCGGCUGCUUCUACCUGCUGCUGGACGGGCACCUGCUGGCGGAGCGGCCGCUGGGCGGCGUGGCGGACGUGGACAGCUGCGGCCUGGGGCUGGGGCCGGGGGGAGGAGGCGCGGGAGGAGCGGGGGGAGGCGGAAUGAGCGGGGGAGGAGGAGGAGGAGGCGGCAUGGGUGGCGGAGGAGGGCUGGGAGGCGGCGGAGGAGGUGGAGGUGGAGGUGGAGGCGGGCAGGCGUCGGUGGUGCAGGAGAGCGCCAUCAUCUCGCCAGGCAGCCUGAUCAGCUGCGCCGCCUUCCUGUCCUCCACCGCCGCCCGCUGCAAGGUGGUGGCGCUGGAGCCGUGCAGGCUGGUGGCCUUCUCAUGGCAGACGCUGGAGAUGCUGCACUCAGACCGGCCCGCGCUGCUGAUCCGGCUGCUGCUGUCCGCCGCCGCCGCGCUGGGCCCCGUCAUCCGCCGCUUCAUCAGCCUGGGCCUCAACCGCGUGUGGCUGGAGAGCGGCGACGUGGCGUACCGGCAGGGCGACUUUGCGGAGUGCCUGUAUGUGGUGAUCAGCGGGCGGCUGCGGCUGUUGCACGAGACCAGCCACCCCGUCACACACGCCCGCCAGCUGCACCUGGAGGAGGAGGUGGGCCGCGGCGAGGCGGUGGGCGCGGUGUGGGCCAUCACGGGCGGCCACCACGACACCACCGCCCUGUGCGUGCGCGACUCGGAGCUGGUGCGCAUGAGCCGCUCCGCCUUCCGAGUCAUCAGCGCCGACUCACCGCUGGCGCUGUCCAAGCUCUUCUCCAACAUCGCGCGGCGCCUGGUGGCGGCCUGGGACUCGCGCGUGCGCAGCGACCGCGGCGGCACAGGGUCCACCAGCACCCCCGCCGCCGGCGCCACGAUCGGCGGCACCGCCGCAGGCACCAUGGCGUCGAUCGGCGCGGCGAAUGGCGCCGCCGCCGCGGCGGCGGCGGCGGCGGCGGCGGCCGCCGCCGCCGGCGGCCGCGUGCACGGCGGCCUGGGGGUGACCAGCUGGAUGGCUGCUCAGGAGGAGGAGUACCGCUUCAUCCUGCUGGAGGCGGACGUGGCGGCAUCGCCCUGGAGCAGCGUGUGCGUGGCGCAGGCGGACUGCAUCCUGCUAGUGGCGCCUGAGGGCUCGGCGCCGCAGCUGUCCGGCCCCGAGUCCCUGCUGGUCUUCAACGCCGCCUCGCCCGCAUUCGCCCGCCGCAAGGCCGCCCGCUCCGGCCUCACGCCCGGCGGCCCCGCCGCGCCGCUGUCUCGCGGCAUGACGCCCGCCGCCUCCGCAUCACACCUGGGCGCAGCGGCGGCGGCAGCCGCCGCAGGCGCCAGCUCGCCGGCGGCAGCCGCCGCCGGCGGCGCACCCACGCCGGUGCGUUCGACGGGGCGCUUCAGCGGCGUAGCCGCGGAGUCCGCUGCCGCCGAAGGCGGCGGCGGCGGUGGCGGCGGCGGCGGUGCUGUGGGCGGCGUGGGCGGCAGCAUGCACCCGCACCACGCCAAGGGCCUGGCGCACCAGCAGCUGUACGGCGGCGCCAGCAACCCGGCCAUGCUGCGGAGGGUGGAGCUGGUGCUGCUGCACAACGGGGCAGGCGGGGGCGCGGGAGGAGGCGCAGGAGGCGGCGCCGGAGGAGGAGGGGGUGGUGCGGGGGGAAGGGGCGGGGCUAAGGGGGCGCAAGGGGGAGGGGCGGGGACAGGGGCAGGCGGAGGCGCCAAUGUGCCGCAGGGCACGGCGGACUGGCUGGCGCUGCGGCCCAACCUGUCGCGGCACCACCACGUCCGCCUCAGCCGCGGCGCCGACAUCCAGCGUCUGGCCCGCUGGGUGGCCGGCAAGUCGGUGGGUGUGGUGCUCAGCGGCGGCGGCAGUCGCGGCCUGGCGCACCUGGGCGUGCUGACGGCGCUGGAGGACGCGGGCGUGCCGCUGGACGCGGUGGGCGGCACCGGGCAGGGCGCAUUCAUGGCGGCGCUGUUCGCGCAGGGCCUGGGCCGCUCCGGCCUGGAGUCGGCGGUGCGCGCCUACGCGGCGCAGCUGGGCAGUGUGCGGCACCUGCUGUCCGACCUCACGCUACCCGUGCUCAGCCUGUUCAGCGGCGGGGCGUUCGACGACGCCGUCAAGCGCGUGUUCCAGCGGGGCGCACAGCGGCUUGAGGACCUGUGGCUGCCGUUCUUCUGCGUCACCACCAACCUCACGCGCGGCGAGGCCAGCGUGCACACGGAGGGCAAUCUGUGGAAGCUGGUGCGCGCCUCCAUGACCAUCGUGGGCCUGCUGCCGCCGGUGUGGGAGGGCGGGCAGCUGCUGGUGGACGGAGGCUACAUGAACAGCAUGCCCGUGGACGUGAUGCGCGGCCUGAUGGGCGUGGACUCGGUGAUUGUGGUGGACGUGGAGGGCCGCGACGACAUGGGCUGGCGCAACCUGGCGCCCUACGACGGCGGCCUGUCCGGCUGGAGGCUGCUGUGGGACAGGUGGUGCCCCGUGCCGCGAUGGCGCCUGUCGCCGGGCGGAGCAGGAGGAGCAGGAGCAGGAGGAGGCGGCCAGCCGGGCGCCCGAGGCCAGGCGCAGCACCACCACCCGCCGCAGCAGCUGCGCUACGCCGCGCUGAUCCACAAGCUGACGGCCAUGACGCACGCAGCCAACCUGAAGCGCACCGCGGUGGAGCACCGCAUCGACAUGUACCUGCGGCCGCCGGGGCUGGUGGGCGGCUAUCGGCUGAUGGACCUCGGCCUCAUGGACCGCGUGGUCAAGGAGGCCUACAGGUACGCGACGUCGGCCAUCACGCAGUGGAAGGCCACGCACCGCGUGGGGCCGUUCGGCAUUGAGGAGAUGCCGCCGCUGCCGGCGCCCUCCACGCCCUCCGGCGGCGGCAUGCCCAUGCCCUCCGGCGCCGCCGCCGCCGCCAUGCUCCUCUCCGCGCCGCACCCGCCGCACCCGGAGCAGUCGGAGAGGCAGGCGCACACGUACCGCACGCACCACCACAACCAGCACGGUGCCACAUCCGGCGCGUCAGCGGCCAACCCGCUACAGCCGCCGGCUGCCGACGGCACCGCGGCCGGUGCGGGGGCGUCGGUGCUUGCUACAGCCCUUGCUCCGCCGGGCACAGUCGGCGGCUCGAGCUGCAUGUCACAGCUGCAGAAGAAGCAACAGCCCGCGGCGGCGGUGCUGGCGGCGGUGACGGCGGGCGCCACCGCCGGCGUGCGGGUGACGUUUGCGCCAGUGAGCGGGGCGGACAGCGCGAUGCUACUGCCGCAGAUGGUGGUGCCGCAGCACGCGGCUGCGUCGGUGGGGGUGGCGGCUGUGGGCGUGGCGGGCGUGGCUGUGCGAACGCCGCCGCGCGCGCACUUUGCCGCAGAUGUGGUGCCGCUCGCUGCAGCCGGCGCCGGCGCAGGACAGGCGGCGGCGAGCACUGCCGCAGACGCUGACGCCAUCAACGGCGCCGCAACGGGCGGCAGCAGUCAGCAGGCGGCAGUAGGAGGAGCAGGGGCAGCGGGCGGUGGCGGUGGCGAGGGGACGCAGGGGGAGGGUGGCAGCGAUGGCGGCUCGGCAGUUGCUGGGUCGCCUCCGUCCGGCGGGCCACUGCGGCCGUUCGGCGGCAAGAUGAGUCGCUCCACCACCCGGCGAUCGCUGCACGAUGCAGAGUAGGAGUCUGUAGGUCAUCUGUGUGUGUGGUUGUGUGGAGAGUGCAGGUGUGGAUGCGCGACAGCGUGCAAGUCGUGGUUUAGAGGUCGCGUAAAUGCGGGUGUUGUGCAUGGCGUUGUGUUGCUGUAUUGUGGCAGCUGCUGCUGGUGGGUGUGCACCCGUCCCCACAGUUUUUGUCGUAUGCCGCGGUUUGGGAGGCCUAAUAGACGCUGUUUUGCUCUUGCGUUUGAUGCGGUCGCUUGCCACGUAAUGAAUUUCCUUAAGCCGUCAGAGCUGUGAUCGCUUGGACGGUCACAGGCGCUGUCACAUGCAGACAUGCUCGCCACUUGCAAAGUCUGGACAGCUUUGUACAAUUGUACCAUUCGUGUGGAGAUGCGUUGUGGGCGAUUGGAGUGCGGAGAAAUGCGACGAACGCAGACUGCGGCUGAGGGCGUCGGGUGGUGUCCCUGCUCCCACAGGCGAGCGCUGGAACAGGCUAGCACAUAGGCUCGAGCCUGCUCGUCUUUCAUCCCCUCUGCUCUUGCUUGUCCUAGACCACAACGGCUCGAGCCAGCUGACACAUGGAGAAGACUGUGUGUACCGUUACGUUACCACACGUUGCCCGGCAGUGCGGACUGCGGACACGUCGUGAUGCGACGGCUCAACGAGCGCUCUUCCAUGCUCUUUC